AUGGGGGUGUCUGCGGCUGUGCUGGCGGUGCUGCUCUUCUUGUCGGCGGCGGCGGUAGCGUCGGCCGGGCACCACGACUACAGCGACGCGCUCCACAAGAGCAUACUCUUCUUCGAGGGGCAGCGGUCCGGCAGGCUCCCUCCGGACCAGCGCCUCCGCUGGCGCCGCGACUCCGGCCUCCACGACGGCGCCGCCGCCGGCGUGGACCUGACGGGCGGGUACUACGACGCGGGCGACAACGUCAAGUUCGGGUUCCCGAUGGCGUUCACGGCGACGCUCAUGUCGUGGGGGCUGAUCGACUUCGGGCGCACCUUCGGCGCGCACAGGGAGGAGGCGCGGAAGGCGGUGCGGUGGGCGACGGACUACCUGAUGAAGACGACGGCGAAGCCCAACACGGUGUACGUGCAGGUCGGGGACGCCUCCAGGGACCACUCGUGCUGGGAGCGGCCGGAGGACAUGGACACGCCCCGCACCGUGUACAAGGUGGACCCGUCCCACCCGGGCUCCGACGUCGCCGCCGAGACCGCCGCCGCGCUCGCCGCGGGAUCCAUCGUCUUCCGCGAGGCCGACCCCGUCUACUCCCAGCGCCUCCUCGACCGCGCCAUGGCCGUGUUCAAGUUCGCGGACCGGUACCGCGGCGCGUACAGCAGCAGCCUGCACGACGCCGUGUGCCCCUGCUACUGCGACUUCGACGGGUACCAGGACGAGCUGCUGUGGGCGGCGGCGUGGCUGCACAAGGCGUCGCGCCGCCGGGAGUACCGCGAGUACAUCAAGCGGAACGAGGUGGUGCUCGGCGCCAGCGAGUCCAUCAACGAGUUCGGAUGGGACAACAAGCACGCCGGCAUCAACGUCCUCAUCUCCAAGGAGGUGCUAAUGGGGAAGGACGAGUACUUCCAGUCCUUCCGGGUGAACGCAAACAACUUCAUGUGCACGCUCCUCCCCGGCAUCUCCAAUCACCCCCAGAUCCAGUACUCCCCAGGCGGGCUGCUGUACAAGGUGGGGAGCAGCAACAUGCAGCACGUGACGUCGCUCUCCUUCCUCCUCCUCGCCUACUCCAACUACCUCAGCCACGCCGGCGCGCACGUCGCCUGCGGCGGCGGCGGCACGGCGGCGCCGGCCAAGCUCCGGCAGGUGGCCAAGCGGCAGGUGGACUACAUCCUCGGCGACAACCCGCUGCGCAUGUCCUACAUGGUCGGCUACGGCCCGCGCUUCCCGCGCCGCAUCCACCACCGCGCCAGCUCCAUCCCGUCCGUGGCGGCGCACCCGGGCAAGGUCGGCUGCAAGGCCGGCGCCGCCUACUACGCCAGCGCGGCGCCCAACCCGAACCUGCUCGUCGGCGCCGUCGUCGGCGGACCCAGCGACGCCACCGACGCGUUCCCUGAUGCGCGCGCCGUGUUCCAGCAGUCGGAGCCCACCACGUACAUCAACGCGCCGCUCAUGGGCCUCCUCGCCUACUUCUCGGCCCACCCCAACCCGGCCGAGUGGGCCGAUGAUUAAAAGUCAAAAUGCUCA